GUUUUUCUUCUUCCUUCCUUAGUUCUCUUUUAAUAUGUUUGACCAUCCAAUCCCACGGGUUUUCCAGAACCGCUUCUCAACUCAGUACCGUUGCUUCUCAGUAUCCAUGCUUGCCGGACCUAAUGACAGGUCAGAUGUGGAGAAAGGCGGGAAGAUAAUUAUGCCACCGUCUGCUUUGGAUCAACUCAGCCGACUUAAUAUUACUUACCCAAUGUUGUUUAAGCUGACCAAUAAAAAUUCAGACCGAAUGACGCACUGUGGAGUGCUUGAAUUUGUGGCUGAUGAGGGCAUAUGUUACCUUCCACACUGGAUGAUGCAGAACUUGCUGCUGGAGGAAGGAGGCCUGGUACAAGUGGAGAGUGUUAAUCUUCAAGUUGCUACUUAUUCAAAAUUUCAGCCACAGAGUCCAGAUUUUCUUGAUAUCACCAAUCCCAAAGCUGUAUUAGAAAAUGCGUUGAGAAACUUUGCUUGUCUAACUACUGGGGAUGUUAUUGCCAUCAACUAUAAUGAAAAGAUCUAUGAGCUCCGAGUAAUGGAGACCAAACCUGAUAAGGCUGUGUCCAUCAUAGAAUGUGAUAUGAAUGUGGAUUUUGACGCUCCUUUGGGAUACAAAGAACCAGAAAGAAGUGCACAACAUGAAGAGACCGCAGAUGUUGAAGCAGAUCACAGUGGAUAUGUGAGCGACCUAGGAUUUCGUGCAUUCUCUGGUUCUGGGAACAGAUUGGAUGGCAAGAAGAAAGGUGUUGAGCCUAGUCCAUCGCCAAUUAAACCGGGAGACAUUCGAAGAGGAAUACCCAACUAUGACUUCAAGAUUGGUAGAAUCACAUUCAUUAGAAACUCACGUCCACUAGUUAAGAAAGUUGAAGAGGAUGAAUCUGGAAGCCGAUUUAUUGCCUUUUCAGGAGAAGGCCAAUCCCUGCGCAAAAAGGGAAGAAAACCAUAAGUUGUGGAACUUUCAGUCAGUUAGGAGGAAAAUAAAAUAACAAUUGCAGCAUAUGGGAUCUUAGUUAUUGCAGAGGAGAGGAGAGACCGUUUUGCAACACAGGAACACUUUUAGUGAUUUUGGUUUCAUGUUUAAAAAUGGAGCUUAACGUUGUCUUAAUUUUCAGCUGAAAAUUAAGUUCUAGGAGUUUUGAAGCAGUGGUUUUUUGUGUGUUGUAAAGAUGGAAAGUUUAUCUUGGGCAAACCUGGGAAGCAAAAUCAACGAGUUCUACCUUGCUGAAAGGUCCAGUCCUUAGACUACAGCCUACCCUCUUUUAUAUCCUCUGAGGGAUGAUGGUCUCAUGUUGUUUUGUGCUUGAUACUUCCUUCUCUAUAUAUAUCCUGCCACAAUUUCCGAUAAGCUUUUUGGUGUGGGGCAAACGAAGGCUAACGCUUAGGUGUUGGAAGACCUUUGUGGAGGGAAUCUCUUUGAUCUUAGCUUCAGGUGCUGGGUUACAAACCUGAGGCAUCCCAGGCUCUGACACAGACCUCCCCACACCCCAGUUGCUUUUUAUAUUUAGAAUUAAUAACAUGCCUUUUUAAUAGUUCAGAUACAGUAACAUAUUGUAGCAGUCUAACAGUGCACCCUUCGCGGUGCCUGUAGUGGGUUGAGUGGUCUCACGUCCGGCUCGUGGUCACCCUAAGGUGGUGGCCCUAAUACGCGCUCCCCGGAAAGGAGCGGGCUGUGGUCUGUUCAGCCGGGGGGCCGUGGGCGCCGUGUUAAGUAAGUGCAUUGCGUCAAGCGCGGAGUAAAGGUCCUGAACAAGC